AUGUUCCAUACACCAGCACUGAACGUUCCUCCAAUCUCAAGUGUUUUCCAGCAAAAAGAGUUGGACAACGCGAUUAACAACAACGCGAGCCUCUCGAACGACAAUAAGAGUACUUUGACUCGUUACCUUGGUCAAGCCGAGGUUGAGCGCGCCAAAAUUAAGAACGAGAUGGACUUAAAGACAUUGAUCAGUAUAUUCUACACGUUAUUGAUCGACUCGGAACAUCCCGCCGUCAUCGAAAACACAACUCUGUUACUCCAACAAUUCAUCGCGGCGGAUAAUAAUAGAGUUCCACUCUUUGCUGAGAUGGAAAUCAAAAAGACGGUCGAGGUGUGCUCGCGGCUUAUUCGACUGAUGAAGACAGACAACCUGACGAUAUUGGAAAGCGCGAUUUCAGUCUACACAACACUCGCGACUACUACUGGAACGUUCGCAGACUUCGCACCAAUCAUGUCGAACUACUUCCAAAUCAUCAGAGGCAUUUACACCCAGAACAACCAGACAAAACAGGGAUUCCAAUUACUCCACUUAUUCAAUUGGUCACUCUUCGUGUUGUUAAACAAACAGACAUAUAGAGAAGUGUUUGCCAAUGAAAUUCCACUCGGCGUGCUUUCGGAUUCAUACGAUAAAUUGGUUGCAACGUCGGACAAUGAUUUGGUCUACGGGAUGUUCCACGUCGUGUGGUUAAUGACCUUUGACGAAAAAUUGGUCGAACACGGAUUCCCCGAAAAUUUCAUCUCCAUUUUCACAAACAUCUUUUUGAAGUUUAAGGUCGAAAAACUGAUGAGAAUCGUCUUGAUGAUCAUUCACAACAUUUUACAAGUCGACUGGUACAUCAGACUGUUGGUCCAACACGACUUCAACAGAAUUAUUCCCGUCUUGAAGACAAGAACAUACACCGACGCCGAUAUCAAAGAUCUGUUGGAAGAAAUCGGACAGGUGAUCGAGAAGAAAGUGACCGAAACAACCAGCAUCCAGUGCUACUUGGACGAACUCAAGUCAAACACUAUGAGAUGGAGUCCAAUGCACCGAUCGGAGCAAUUUUGGGUCGAGAAUGUCACCGCGUUUGAGGGAGACAACUGGGCGUUGGUGAGGAAAUUGAAGAACGUGAUUAACGACAAGUCGGCAGACCCGGUGUGUGUUUCAGUUGCUUGUUUUGACUUGGGAGAGGUUGCUCGAUAUCACCCCUUGGGAAGAAAAGUGAUGAACGAUUUGGGUGUUAAGAUGGACUUGCUUCAACUCACGACUUCAGACAACGCCGAGAUAAAGAAAAACGCCAUUUAUGCUGUGCAGAAGAUUAUGCUUCAUCACUGGGACUUAGUGCAGCAGGCUGCGAAUGCGGAGUAA